GAGAGAGAGAGAGAGAGAGAGAGAGAGAGAGAGAGAGAGAGAGAGAGAGGGAGAGAGAGGGGUGAGAGCACAACCCAGCGCCUCGCCUGCACAAGCAUCCGUGCAGGGCGUGUGGAUGUGAUGCCCACCCGGAGAGAGAUGGUGUAAACAAACCCGCUUUGCCCCAUCACUGAGCGCCACCACGGAGGCUGCCUGCCACGAUGUUGAGCCGUCUGUUCAGCGAGGUGCUGCCGGACGUCCAGAGGCUGGCGGCUGACUGGGUGGAGGACAAUGAGCACGAAGACUGCAAGGCCAACGAGGACGAGCACGAGCACGAGCCCUGCCACCUCGGCGAGGACGAGCUGGACGACCCGCAGGAGGGCAGCAGCCGCGCCGAGUCCGAGAUGGCCGGCGACGACGACGACGACGACGAGGCCGAAGAGGAGGAGUGCGGGGACGAGAACAGCGGGGACAAGCCCAAGAAGCGCGGCCCCAAGAAACGGAAGAUGACGGCGGCGCGCGUGGAGCGCUCCAAGAUGCGCAGGAUGAAGGCGAACGCGCGGGAGCGCACGCGAAUGCAUGACUUGAAUUCGGCUCUGGAUAACCUGCGCAAAGUGGUGCCGUGCUACUCCAAAACCCAGAAACUCUCCAAGAUAGAGACCCUGAGGCUGGCCAAGAAUUACAUCUUGGCGCUUGGGGAGAUUUUACGCAACGGGAAACGCCCAGAUGUGGUGACCUACGUGCAGAUGUUGUGCAAGGGCCUGUCCCAGCCCACCACCAACCUGGUGGCGGGCUGCCUGCAGCUCAACACCAGGAACUUCCUGACUGAACAGUGCUCAGACGGGGCCCGCUUCCACAUGCCGAGCUCCCCUUUCUCGGUGCAUCCGUACCCUUACCGCUGCUCCCGCCUCUCCAGCCCGCACUACCAGCCCGGGGCCGGCGCGCUCAACCUGCGCAGCCACUCCUACGGCCCCGGCUACGAGGCCGUGUACCCGCCCGGCGGCACGUCCCCAGACUACAGCAGCCCAGACUACGAAGGCCAGCACAGCCCGCCCGUCUGCCUGAACGGCGGACUGUCCGGGAGGCAGCAGGAGUCCUCCGACACUGACAGGAACUAUCACUACUCUAUGCACUACUCCGGACUGACCACAUCCCGGCCCGGCCACAGCAUACCCUUCGGGCCCUCUGGAGCGCGCAGCGGCGGUACGCACUCAGAAAACGUUCCCCCUUUCCACGACGUACACUUGCACCACGACAGGGCCCCGCCAUACGAGGAUCUCAAUGCUUUUUUCCACAAUUGAGCCCUCACGGUGGAUAAAUCAGGCUUAAUUGACUUUACAGUGACAAUCCUUAUAAUGUCUAAUAUUGUUUUGGGGAAAAAAGAGCUCCUAAAAAAAAAAAGAAUGAGAGAUAGAAGUGGACGAAAGAGCCCUCUGAUUAUCUUCUGUACUCUACUGAUGUCAUCUCUAUACUGUUGUACAUCCGAUCAAAGUGUGUCCAGUAUUAUCCUGUAUGCAGAACGAGUGCAAUUGACUUUAACGAUGUAUAGGCCUACAUGAAAAUGUUAUGACACAAACAACAUAAAUAAAAAGUGUUUUAUAAUUGUCUGAAAUGAUCGAACAAAUCUUCUUUU